ACUGAACUUCAAAAACCUUUGAUACGCUCCUGAGAAAGCAUGCGCCUGCAGGAAUGCAACCCAUCUUACCCGUAAUACUGAUGACAUGCCAACCAAAGACGAUAUGUAUCUCAACUUACCGUUCUUCGACCAACCAUGUGGAGUUGUUCUAACCUAAAUUAAAUCAUCAUUGACCAUCGAACAAGGUCUACAAUUAAAACAUCAACCACUAUGAGUAAGGAUAACAAAGAAAUUGCAAACAACAAGGGAAACAAGAAUCAGCGAGAUGAAAAGACUGCCCAAACUAAAAAACCAUUCGACAAAAAAACUUACAGAUUGAAAAAAUACAGCAACAAGUAUAAGGUUGACCAAUGGGAAGAUCGUCGAAAGAAGGCUGUGCUCAGAAGAUAUUACAAAGAUGUAAAGAAGGAGCAAAAACAUGCUGCACAAAAUUCGGAGCUUUCAAAAAAAGAGUCAGAAAGUGGCGAAGGAAAGAGCAGUAUCAGUGAAGAUCCGCAGUUCAAAGGGAAUGCAUUUUACGCUGCAAAACAAGAAUACAGAAAGAAAAAGGAAGAAAAAAUGAAAAAAAAAGAAGAGAUUCAACGUAGGAAAGAGGAGAAAAUUGAAGCGCUCAAGAAAUACAAAGAAGCGAAGGCUCUGAAGUAUAAAAAGCUAUCAAAAAAAACUAAAAAGGGUCAGCCUGUUAUGAAAGAUAGGCUUGAAAUGUUACUCGAAAAAAUUCAACAGACCAUUUGACAUAAAUGUGAUUUUACAAGACCUCACUACUUCGCACAUAAGAUUUUUUAAGCCAGUUAUUUUCAGUUGUAAUCUACUCAUAAUCAUAAAACGUUCACACAA